CGAUAAAAGAAAUGUUUAUAAACAACAACCUGCCACCGAAGAACAGAAGAAAAAAUUAAAAGGUAAACGGGCUGAUUAUAUUCUCUACCAAUCAGGAACCACUAAUCCUUUAAUUGUUAUUGAGGCAAAGAAACCAACUGAAGACAUUUACCAAGCCUUAGAGCAAGGAGUUAACUACGCUAAAAAUAUUGAAGCACCUUUGGUUAUUGCUACUAAUGGCGAGUUUACUAAGGUUUACCAUAUUAAUUUUAAGAAAACCUUAACUCGUAAUGGAGAAGAGGUAAAAGAUUUCUUUACUGAAAAAGAGGCUUUAAGAUUCAUUGAACAACCACACUUAAUUACCAAAGAAAACAAAGUUAUUUUAUCUCGUCAAGAACUAAUCAAAGUUUUUGCCGAAGCAAAUAAAUUCGAAAUUGAAGAAGAAAAAGAAAAAUCUGCUGUUGAAAAGAAGCAUUUGUGA